GGUGGCACUAGUUUAAAGUCAGCGUUGUUGUUGUCGUUACGCUACAACAGUAAACAAAGAUUAUUUUCUCACGUUUAUAGCCGUUUUAUGGAGUAAAACUUCACUCUAAGCCUCCCAGUUUGACAGUGAUGGCACCAUAACAGUAAUGAUGGACAGGGCCAGUAAGGGAGUCACAAUGGCCACACACCUCAUACCACUUAUACUAUUCAUCACACCCCUCACACAGCCCGCAGUGAGUCAAGUAAUUCGAGAAGUGGCAGUGCAGACCGGUGGAGAUGAACCACUUGCCGGGACAAAUGUCACCAUCAAGUGCAAGGGUCGUGGGGAUUUGCUACAUUGGCGUCAUGGUCAUCAUAAUAUCACGCCAGAUGAUGAGCGUUGGCAUGUGGAAACAGAGAGAAAGGACCAAGUUAUUCAGAGUUUCCUGACCAUCAUCCAUGUUGAUUUGCGUGACUCUGGUCACUAUCGCUGCCGCGUUAGCAAAACAAACAAAGACAAAGUUGCAGAGAAAAAUGUCACCAUUCAUGUACAGGCUGGACCUGUGUUAAUGGAGGCUCGAAAUGCUACAGUGAGAGUUGGUCACAAGGCCAAGCUGUCUUGCACUUUUGCUGCCGUCCCUGCACCUGAGGUUCAUUGGCUAAAGGACAAGACAUUACUUGAUAAAGUGAAAGGAUAUAGUAUGGAAACUCGCCAAGAAUCAGAUCUUCAUCUGUCUGACCUAUUGAUUGACAAUGUCACUCUCAAAGACAAUGGAACAUAUAAGUGUAGAGCCUCAAAUGAAGUCGGUACCGGGGACCCACCUGGUUCACCCUACUUACUUGUUCAAGAUUUGCCUGAGGUUAAUUUAACGAAGGUGCGUGCUAUUGGCACAAGUGCAAUUCAGAUGGAAUGGACUGUAAAUGACAACAAUUCUCCAAUACAGCAAACAAAGAUCUAUAUUGCCAUUGGUGAUGGUGAUUAUGAUGAGCCUUCACUAUUUGGUGAGGAUCAGCAGAACAUCAUCUUGGAAGAUGUUGGCUCACCUGGUGAUGAUGUUCGAGUAAAGAUUGAAGUUGCUAAUGAAAUUGGAGUGAGUGAGAGUGAGUCUGAUACAGUCACUCUGUUAAGUGAAGAACCAAGAUUCAUCCCACAAGCAUCUCCAAAAGGCAGUGGUGUUGAUUUCUUUACUGUAGGAUGGAGUCAGCCAAAUGAAGAUGCCAGAGAAUUUGUUGGUCGUUACCAUCUGUCUCUAACAGACCCAACCACCGGAGAUGUUCAGGAGCUGUUUAUUCCUUCCCCCACUGUAGAUCAUAUGUUCACUGCUCUCAAACCUGCCACUGAGUACAAUUUUAAGGUUGCAGCAUGUCUGGAUGUGUUCCGUGACAAAGAGCGAGAUUGUGGAGACUAUUCUCCUCCAGUAGUUGGGAAGACCAUGAAUGGGGUUCCUGGUGAAAUUUCUGAUUUACUGGUUGAGUGCAAACAGAACCCACACACAGCUGCCCACACUGUCCAUAUUCAUUGGAAACCACCUCUCAUCCCUAAUGAUGUAGUUGACCAUUACAAAAUAGAGCUGAAAGAAACUGCAUCUUUUAUCAAUGAGGAAGGACAGAAACAGGUGUACACCAAUCAACAUAAUGAGAAUGUGGCUGGUUCACUCAGAAACUAUACCUUUUAUACUGCUCUGCCCAACACAAAUUAUAUAGUUAAGGUUUACGCUGGCCUAAAACGUCAGUACAGCUCUGCCAUGACUGCUGUGUGUCGCACACCUGUUUCAGUUCCUGUAUCUGAGCCUGUCUCUUGGUGGAAAUAUUACAGUGAAGACCAAAUUGUGCUGAAACUUCCGGUACCCCGAGUAUCUGAACGUAAUGGAACCAUUUGCUGCCACAGGAUUGUCGUGGUGAGGAUGGCUGAAGGUUUAUUACUGCAAGAUCUCCCAGAGCCCAGUAAACUUACCCUGAGCACAUAUGAGGAGGUCCAUCGCUCUCCUCUUACGGGGGCCUAUGUGGCUGAGGCAUUCUCAGGGUGGAACAUAAGGGAUAAGUACCUGCUUUUGGGAGAUGGUAAAGUAGUGGGUAACUGGUCUGGAGGAUGUUCUUCAUGCUUGGGUGAGAUAAACCCAGUAGGUGAAUCAGCUGCAUUCCGCAGCAACGAACAGGGACGUGAUGUUGGUCCCAUCACUCGGGGCAACAGGCGUUCUUUACUAUCUCUUCAGUUUGCUCCUCCUGUGGUAGAUGGUAUCCUCUCAAGGGACUCCAAUUACACAGGUUUCAUUGUCAUGUCAGUACAAGCAGCAGAGAGGAAUCUCUUGACAUCAUAUAGUGAGUACUUCCCUGCCAUACAACCAAUAGAAGAUGUGAAGGAGACUGGGCCUCCUACUCGUAUAUCUGAAAUGCAGAUCAUUUAUGUUGCUGUGGGACUCUUCAUAUUCCUCCUGCUGCUCAGCAUCACUCUUUGCACCCUCCUGUGUUUCUAUCGUAGGAGGAACAAGCAUCUUGAAGAGGAGGAAGUUGCAGAGAGUCUGUCUGGUUCUCUUGGGAGGAUCUUCCGUUCCUUACGACGGUCCCACACACUUAUGUCUCAGCCAGCAGUCGAUGUGAAGCCAGUUCCUAGAGAUGAGCUUGUCCCACAGUAUAUUGACAAGCUUAAAGAUUCAGAACUAGGAUUCCGAAGGGAAUAUGAGGCCCUCCCUGAGAAGUUUUAUGAUCGCACAAGUCGCGCCUCAGACCUCAUAGAAAAUGCUCCCAAGAAUCGUUAUCCAGAUAUCAAAGCUUAUGACCAAACGAGAGUAAAGCUAACUCAGCUCAAUGGUGCCAUUGAGACUGAUUAUAUCAAUGCCAACUAUGUUUUGGGCUACAAGGAACGUAAAAAGUUCGUCUGUGCUCAGGGACCAAUGGACACAACAGUUGAUGACUUCUGGCGAAUGAUAAUUGAGCAAGGGUGUGGCGUGUGUGUUAUGCUUACUAAUCUAGAGGAAACGGGCAAAAUUAAAUGCGUGAAAUACUGGCCGGAAGCAGGGCAACCCAAGACAUUUGGCAACAUCACUGUCUAUCUCGUCAAAGAAAAGGCAUAUUCAGAUUUUAUGGUUCGCACAUUAAGGGCAGAAUGGGGUGAAGGUGAGGAGCAACACACCCAUGAAGUUCGCCAGUAUCACUACUUGCUGUGGAAAGAUUUUGUUGCUCCUGAACACCCCACUGGUGUGCUCUCUUUCCUCCGUCGCAUCAAUGAGGCGUACUCACAUGACCAAGGACCACUUCUCAUACACUGCAGCGCUGGUGUUGGGCGGACGGGAACCUUGGUGGCCCUGGACUCUUUAGUGAUGGAACUGGAUGAAGAAGGACAUGCGUCCAUCUUUAACCUUAUAUGUGACCUUCGACACCAAAGAAACUUCCUUGUACAGUCUUUAAAACAGUAUGUGUUCAUCCACCGAGCAUUGAUGGAGUAUGUUCAGUUUGGUAACACUGAACUGACCAUACCUCAGCUCAAGGAGGGCUACAGCAACCACACACACCAUGAUAGUCUGGAUGACUCUUCACCUUUGGAAAAGGAGUUUGAGCGUUUAAGCAAAGUGGUUGAGGACAGGAAAGCUUUUGCUAUUGCAACAAGUGAAGAGAACAAGCCCAAAAAUCGCUAUGAUUUUGUUUUACCCUACGACUCCAAUCGUGUUAUUUUGGCACCACUGUCCACAAGACCAUCUUCUACAUACAUUAAUGCUUCAUUUGUUACUGGAUAUGAUUUGGCUGAGUCAUUCAUUGUUACACAAGAUCCCAUGGAAAACACAAUAGCAGACUUUUGGAGAAUGGUGUUUGAUCAGGAGGUGACCACAAUCGUCAUGCUGUCAGAGGUACAACUCGAUCAGCUUGGGAGUGGCGAGCAGUGCUGUAACAAAUAUUGGCCUGAUGAUGAGGAGACAUACGAGCACAUCUCUGUCAAGUUGGUGUCAAGUGAGAGCUACCCCAAGUAUUCCUGCAGGUCUUUCCUUCUGACUAACACCAAGAAUGGAGAUGCAUUGACUGUAACUCAUUUUCACUAUAUUGGAUGGUCAGGCUUAUUAGGAGAGGUUCCUUUAGUGACUCAUGGCAUCAUAGAGAUCAUCACAAGAGUACAGUCACACAUUGAUGUCAGUUUGUCCACAGCAGCUCCUACACUUGUUCAUUGCUCUGGUGGUGGUGAUCGUAGCAGUGUAUAUGUCUGUCUCAACAACUGUCUGCGUCAGUUGCGACGUGAAGGUCGUGUAGAUAUAUUCCAAACAGCCAGAAGAAUAAGGGCUCUGAGACAAUUUCUACUACAGGAGUUUGCACAGUAUGAGUUCUGCUACAAAGCACUUGUGGAAUUCAUUGACAACAAGGGUCUAGAAAACCUUUGAGGCAAUAGUGAGCACAUCACUGAAGGUUAGAAUAUUGGUAGAUAUUUAGAUGUGAGACUUUGUGAUUUUGUGAUUUGAUUAAAGUAGAACUAGUGGUUUUAAAGGUGAAGAAAAUCACAAGUUGAUAAAACAUGAUAGUGCCAGUGUAAACUACUUUUUCUGAACAAUAGUGCAAACGUAUGUGCCGAGACAUUUUAAAUGGCUAGAAAAAAAAGAAAUUCUGCAGAUGCUGCUUUCAAAGUAAAUUGGACAAGGCUGCAGUGCAGUAAAAUUCUCUAUAGUGUAAUUUCAGUUCAUAGAGACAUUGUAAAGAAUCUCUUAUUGGUUCUAUAAUGUCACAAUUAAGGAUAAGUAGAGUCUGCUGUAGUGAUGACCUUUUGUGGUGGUACCAAAAUUAUUAAUGAAACUUGAUAUAUUUUUAAGGCCACAUGGAAGAUAUUUGUACUCACAAGAAUGUCUUAAUGCAGAAUCUUAAGGUAUUUGGUUGCAUGUAACCCUGGCUGCAUUAGUGGAUGCAUAACACCUUGGUCUUAGAAGAGGAAGAAUGUGUGUUAAAGGAUGCCUACCCCAGUAAAUUCUGUGAGGGUUUAUUGAUGCUGCUGUUGAUCCAUGAAUGGUGUUUGACCUUCAUGUUGUGUAUGCUUGGUUUGACUGCUGUUACUUAUAGAAUCAUUCUAGUGACCAUUAAGGUUGACCAUAGCUGGUAGAAAUGACUGCUAGUGCUCAAAUGUUUGUACUAGGAUAUAUUUUGCUCAUAAAUGUAAUUGCUUAAAACACACACACACCAUUUAUAUAUAUAUAUAUAU